AUGUGAGACCUAUGCACGAGAGGACCAGACUGAUUAUCCGAAGUCAGUGUAUUCGUUCUUGUUAGACAACUUUAGCAAAUAUUUGGAUACGCUAGAAGAUGCCACGCUCAAAGUAACCGCUCAACAACUAUUCGACUGGCAUGUACGCUUUCAAGUGAUUGACAACUCCUGCCUUAAUUUGGACCAUGUAUCAGCGAAAAGCUGGGGUGCCUACUCCUACAACGGUGAAAGUUGUCAGGCUCAUUACAAUUUUCGUAAUGGUUUCAGUGCAGCCAUCGAAGCAUUAUGCAAUCAAGUUGAUCGCAAAAAUAUUCUUUUUAAAAAAGAGGUGGUCGAAAUUGUGACUAGCGCCAGUUGUCCGAGAAUUUCUGUGAAAUGUUCCGACAACACUAUUUAUCACGCAAAUCACGUUAUAGUGACCCUUUCACUCGGCUGUUUGAAGACCAAUUUACAUACGAUGUUCAGACCGGCAUUACCACACGCAUACGUGCAAACCAUUCGAGACAUUGGAUUCGAGACAAUCAACAAGAUAUUUAUUCAAUUCGAACAUCCUUGGUGGAAAGAAAUGGACGGAAUUCAACUGAUUUUCAGGAAUGACAAUUACAAGGACCACAACUGGACUAGACACAUAUCCGGAUUUGAUGUCAUGAAACCGGGGCCAUCCAACACAUUACUUGCAUGGGUCGGUGGCCGGGGUGCCAUAGAAAUGGAAAAGCUAACCGAUUCACAAGUAAUUCACGAUUGUAUUGCACUCUUAGCACAAUUUACAAAAUCCGAAAUUCCCGCACCAAUCAAAUACUAUUGCACCCGUUGGUAUUCGAAUCCAUUUGUUAGAGGAGCUUAUAGUUACAUUAGCACGGAUUGCGAUAAGAACGGCACGUCGAGUCGGUUACUAUCCAAGCCAAUAACUGUGGCCGAUCUUUCUUUGAGUGUAAAGGGGUUGUCCACACAAUUUGCUAAAAAUCUCAUAAUGCCGGCUGACUUAGAUUCGGUCAAUAAUCAAAGGCAGGAGGUGGUAAUGGAUUGCCGCAUCCCAUUAAUACUGUUUGCCGGAGAAGCGUGUCAUCAACAGUAUUUUUCGACGGCACACGGGGCGUUCUUGUCAGGUAUUGAACAGGCGGAGAAAUUUUAAAUUUUUGCCAGAAGU